AUGCGCAAGUCCGACAUCGCCAGCGGAGAACCAUUCCUCCACCCCAAAUUUCUCUCUAGUCUGAUUCGCUACUGCAAAGAGAAUUUGGGUGUCGACGCAUCAGUAUCAUCAGUAACGGUAGCAAGGUCACCGAGAAGUGGAUGCAGGAGAACUCCCAGUGGUUGGAUAUCCUGGCGAUCUCCUGUGAUUCUUUUAAUGCUCAGACAAACGUCAAAAUUGGGCGCGGUGAAGACAAAAAAACGUAGACCAGCUAUGUCAAAUCGCGGAGUGAUUCGAGACUUACCACUUCGAGCUCAAGCUCAACACUGUAGUCAAUAUCUACAAUUGGAUUGA